AUGUCAAGAUUUGUUAUCACUUGCAUAGCUCAUGGAGAAAGUCUCCCACAGGAAACUAUCGAUCAGCUAGCCAAUGAAAUUAUUGAAUGCUCGAAAAAGGAGAUAUCGAUCAGUAGCACCAAGAAACUAUCAACAAGAGCUACCGACAUAUAUGUUGAAGUCGCAGAAUCUGUUUCUCAGAACAAUCUCAAGAAUGAAUUGAUGGGCAUGAUUGAAAGUCAUAGUGAUGUUGAUGUAAUCAUUUCUGCCGACAAUGAAUAUCGUCAAGCUAAAAAGCUAUUUGUCUUCGACAUGGACUCAACAUUGAUCUACCAAGAGGUCAUCGAACUGAUUGCUGCUUAUGCUAGCGUCGAAAAACAAGUGCACGAAAUCACAGAAAGAGCCAUGAACAAUGAGCUAGAUUUCAAAGAGUCUUUAAGAGAACGCGUUAAACUAUUGCAAGGCCUACAAAUUGAUACAUUAUAUGAUGAGAUAAAACAAAAAUUGGAGAUCACCAAGGGUGUACCCGAACUUUGUAAGUUCCUUCACGCCAAAAAUUGUAAGCUUGCCGUUUUAAGCGGUGGAUUUAUCCAAUUUGCCAGUUUUAUUAAAAAUCAACUAGGUUUAGAUUUCUGUAAGGCUAACUUGCUGGAAGUAGAUGCCGAGGGAAAAUUAACUGGUAAGACACUGGGCCCUAUUGUCGAUGGAGAAUGCAAGAGUGAGACCCUUCUGCAACUAUGCAAGGACUACAAAGUUCCUGUUGAGUCAAGUUGUAUGGUGGGUGACGGUGGUAACGAUCUACCAGCCAUGGCUACCGCCGGUUUUGGUAUUGCAUGGAACGCCAAGCCAAAAGUACAAAAAGCUGCACCUUGCAAGUUGAACACCAAGUCCAUGAAAGAUAUCUUAUACAUUCUCGGCUACACCGACGAUGAAAUAUACAACAAACAAUAA